GAGGCACGAGCUCUGCGCUAAAGCACGCUAGCGGACGUAGGCGACGGCGAGGAGCAGAGCGCAGCGUCCGCCAUAAUUAUUUUUGACCGUCGAGCUCGCAGGUCACGCACUCAGCCGCUCCUCCGCCGGUGCGCCUGCCUGCCCCCGAGAGACUGCCCGUCCCCGCGAAACCGAAGCGAGAUGGCGAUCAACGUACCAGGCCUGGUGGCCAUCGUAUUCUUCUACCUCAUCAUCCUUGUGGUGGGCAUCUGGGCCGGCCGCAAGGGCGGUCCAGAGGGCGGCAUGGGUGAAGAAUCCGACGUCAUGCUCGCCGGCAGAAACAUCGGGCUGUUCGUCGGCGUCUUUACUAUGACCGCGACCUGGGUUGGAGGCGGUUAUAUCAAUGGUACCGCCGAAGUGGUCUACCUCAGCGGGCUCGCCUAUUGCCAGGCUCCUUUCGGAUACGCCCUCAGCCUGCUCAUCGGUGGAUACCUGUUCGCGGUGAAAAUGAGGAAGGCCGGCUACAAGACAAUGCUGGACCCUUUCCAGCAGCACUUCGGCGCCCGCAUGGGCUGCUUGCUCUUCCUGCCGGCCCUUUGCGGCGAAGUGUUCUGGUCGGCCGCCAUCCUCGCCGCCCUCGGCGCAACCGUGGAGGUCAUCAUGGACUUUGAGCGCACAGAGUCGGUGGUCGCGUCGGCGUGCAUCGCCCUUUUCUACACGUUCACGGGCGGCCUGUACUCGGUCGCCUACACGGACGUCAUCCAGCUCCUGGCCAUCUUCUUCGGCCUGUGGCUGUCGGUGCCGUUCGCCAUGUUCCACGAGGCGGUCGGCCCGAUCUCGUACCCGAGGAACGACUUCGUGGGCAGCAUCGAGUGGAAGGACUUCGGCACCUACUGGGACAACAUGCUGCUUCUCAUGAUGGGCGGCGUGCCCUGGCAGGUCUACUUCCAGCGGGUUCUCUCGAGCCGCACGGCCGAGGGUGCCGAGCUGCUGUCGUACAUGGCGGCGUUCGGCUGCCUGUUCAUGGCCAUCCCGCCCGUCAUCAUCGGCGCCGUCGCCAAGGCGGCCAACUUGACGCAGGCGGGCUACACGAAGGACGUUCCACUGACGGGCGGGGCGACGUCGCUGACGUUGCCGCUGGUGCUGCAGUACCUGACGCCCGGCUUCGUUUCCGCCAUGGGGCUGGGCGCCGUCUCCGCGGCGGUGAUGUCCUCUUCGGACUCCUCCAUCCUCAGCGCGGCAUCCAUGUUCGCCUGGAAUAUCUACAAACUCGGCAUCAGGCAGAACGCCACGGAGAAGGAGGUGAUCGGUGUGAUGCGCGUGUCCAUUGUGCUGGUGGGCGCGCUGGCCACCGUCAUGGCGCUCACGGCCGACUCCGUCUAUGCCCUGUGGUACCUCUCCUCGGACCUGGUCUACGUGAUCCUCUUCCCGCAGCUCGUGUGCGUGGUCUACGUCAAGGAGCACGUCAACACGUACGGCUCCUUCGCCGCCUACGUGGUCGGCUGCUUCCUGCGCGCGGGCGGCGGCGAGCCCAUUUUCAAGAUACCACCAUUCAUCAAGUACCCCUUUUACGACUACGAGCAGGGCGAGCAGCGCUUCCCGUUCCGCACCUUCUCCAUGGUGAUAAGCUUCCUCACCCUGAUGGUGGUGUCCGGCGCCACCUCGUGGCUCUUCGCCGGUGGACGCGCGCCUCUCGACUGGGACGUGUUCAACUGCUUCCAGCCCGAUGCCAAGGUGCUCGACAAGGUGCCCUUAGUUGAGGGCGCGGAAUUGAAGGCGCCUGCCGCUGUCGGCCCACCGCCCGUUGUUCCCGAGUCUGUGCUCACGGCGAUCACGGCGAAGACGUCUGCGAUUCCGAGCCGUAGAGCGUCUGCGAUUCCGAGCCGUAGAGCGUCGGUGUCCACUAGGACUCGUGACGCCGCAGGGAUCACGCCUCACAGCACCUCGCAAUACAAGCUGUCGAAAGUCGAGAACAUUCCCAGCCGCAUAUCGCAGCACUCAACGGAAAUGACGUUCAAGAGUCACGGUGCACCAGCGAAGGCCGACGUCAGCAAGGACCCGAACGUUACAUCGGCCAAGCGCAAGCGCAAGAAGCACCGCCGCUCCAGCCAGGAGUCGCGCAAGUCGUCGCAAAGCGACACCUCGAAGCCACGGAAACCGUCGGCCCCGCGGAACACCACGCAAUCGUCGCCCACGCACGAGACCACGCAACGGUCGGCCGCGCACGAGACCACGCAACGGUUGGCCGCGCACGAGACCACAACCUUGGUGGAGCACCACUGAGCUGCCCUAUAGUACCGCCGCAUCCGCUGCGAACGCCACGUUGGUCGUGGUGGCAAUGAUAAAUAGAAAAUGCACUCGUCCCUUGGGAGCCA